CAAAACCCUACCAGCAUCCUUAUAAAUGAAGCGGCUUCGUCCUAAACCUUUAAUUUCAAACCAGUUUUUAAACCCUAAUCUCAUUCUUCAUCUUCAAGCAGCCACCUCGCUCGCUAGCUAUGGAGUUUUGGGGUAUUGAGAUUAAGCCUGGAAAGCCCACCAAGGUCGAACAGGAAGAUGGGUAUCUGAUCCACGUCUCUCAGAUUGCCAUUGGUGAGUUCAACAAGGUUGGAGAUAAGACUGUUCAGGUCUUUGUCAAGGUCGGUGGUGAUGAUGAUAAGCAAAAGAUUCUCAUUGGAAACCUCUCUCAGAAGAUUCCUCAAGUUACUCUCGAUCUCAUCUUCGAGCAAGAUUUUGAGAUUUCUCAUGAGUGCAAAGCCACCGGUGUCUAUCUUCUUGGUUACAAGACCGUUGAUUCUAUGGAUGAUGAGCUCAACUCUGAUUUUGAUUCAGAGGAUGAGGGUAUUCCCAUGGAUAUGUUUAAAAAUCAAUUGGAGAAAUCAAACGCCAACAUUGAAGGUGAGUCUGAUGAGGAUGAGGAUGACUCUGAAGAAGAUGACGAAACACCUGUAAAGGUUGAGCCUCCGAGCAAGAAGAGACCAAAUGGUGGAGCAAUUAACAAUAACAACAACGCAGUUGCGUCAAAGAAAGCCAAAGUUGCAAAUCAGCAAAAGCCAUCAGGAGGGCAUAAGGGGCACAAGUGCGGCGGUGUUCAUCCUCCAAAAAGAAACUAGAGAAAGAGACAAGACUCAGUGUUUUUCAUAUGAAUUUUUGAUAGUAUUUUUUCCCUAUUGUGGUGAAUUGUUGAGUUUUACUUUGUGAGGAUUUUGGAUUGUUAAAUCAUUGAAAUAUGCUUUUUUGUUAUUUACUAAUUUCAAAUGAAUGGUAACAAUAUGCUUUUUGCCUU